AUGGCGGACCCUCAAGACAACCGAGCAGGUGAAGAGGAAGAAGACGAAGAUGAAGAGGAAAUUGACGAUACUAGUUAUAAGACUAUCAAAGAUGCUGUUCUCUUCGCCAUCAAUGUCAGUCCCAGUAUGCUUGAGAAGCCGCCCAAGUCAGAAGACAAAAAGGCCGAACGCGACUCACCAACCUCUGCCGCUUUAAAAUGUGCCUACCAAUUAAUGCAACAGCGCAUCAUCUCAAAUCCAAACGAUAUGAUGGGCAUCCUGUUGUUUGGUACAGAGGAAACGGAUCUGAAAGAUGGCGACAAUACAUUUCAACACUGCUAUCUCUUAGCCGACCUGGAUGUUCCAUCAGCGCAAGACGUUAAAAGACUGAGAGACAUGGUCGAGGACGAGGAAGAAGCUGAAAAGAUUCUCAAGCCGGCAAAGAAUGGAGCCAGCAUAGCAACAGUACUUUUUUGCGCAAAUCAAAUCUUCACCACCAAAGCACCAAACUUUUCGUCAAGACGUCUGUUCCUGGUUACCGACAACGACUGUCCAGUCAAAGCUAAAACAGAUAAGGAUGCCGCAAUCACACGAGCCCGCGAUCUAUACGACUUGGGCUGCACCAUUGAUCUAUUCCCCAUUUCACAAUCAGACCAUAGCUUCGAUAGAUCACGCUUUUACGAUGAUCUUGUUUAUCCAACAUCGCCCUCAGAUCCAGAUGCGCCAGUUGCUAUACCUUCUACCACGAAAGUUGCAAAGAGCGGUGAAGGCAUUUCUCUUCUGAAGCAACUCAUCUCUUCCAUCAACUCGAGAGCCACACCUCGUCGUGCUCUAUUCUCAUUGCCGCUGGAGCUAGGCCCCGACUUGAAAAUUGGUGUGAAGGGAUACAUCCUGAUCAAACGCCAGGAGCAUGUCAAGUCAUGCUAUGUAUGGGUCGGUGGAGAGAAACCGCAGAUAGUCACCUCUUCAACUACACAUAUGGCCGAUGAUACUGCGCGGACCGUUGAGAAGACUGAGCUGCGGAAAGCGUACAAGUUUGGUGGUGACGCGAUAACAUUCACACCUGAAGAAAUCACGAAGAUACGGCAAUGUUUCGGUGAACCUGUCAUACGUAUAAUUGGCUUCAAAUCUCUUUCCAGCGUACCUAUCUGGGCGAAUACGAACAAGUCAACGUUCAUUUACCCAUCAGAGGCAGACUACAUCGGCUCAACGCGUGUCUUCUCUGCAUUGCAGCGGAAGCUACUGAAAUCCAAGAAGAUGGGUUUGGUGUGGUUUAUUCCACGCCGCAACGCUGCACCUACUCUAGCAGCACUCAUUCCAGGCGAAGAGAAAACCAACGAAGAAGGCGAGCAAAUCAUGCCACCUGGACUCUGGCUCGUACCUCUUCCCUUCGCCGACGAUAUUCGCCAGUUCCCUACACCUCCCGAGGAACCCCUCAAGACUACCGACGCACUAACAGACAAGAUGCGCCUCAUCAUCGAGCAACUCCAACUACCAAAGGGCAUAUACGAUCCUUCUAGAUAUCCCAACCCCGAUCUGCAAUGGUUCUACCGCAUCCUCCAAGCACUCGCGUUGGAGGAAGAGCUGCCAGAACAUCCAGACGACAAGACUAUACCGCGCUUCAAACAAAUCGACAAGCGCUGCGGCGAGUACAUUGAGGACUAUGGCAAAGAGUUCCAGGAAGUAUACGCUCAACAACAAAAAUCUGCUCUUGCACACCGUGCCAAGCCUACUGCUAAGAAACGUCCCGGUGGAGCCGAUGCCGACGUCGAAGAAAAGAAACCCGCGGCUAAGCGUGUGAAGAAGGAGUCUAAGGGUGCAGAUGGUGAUGACGAAGAUGGUGGCUUGUCAGAUCAGCAGAUGGCAGAUAUAAAUAAUAGCGGGCAGAUUAACAAACAGACUGUUGCUGUGUUGAAGCAAUGGCUAAGUGCUAGGGGUCAAAGUAUCGCGGGGAAGAAGGCAGAUUUGUUGGAACGAGUGCAGGAAUAUCUUGAUGGGAAGGGACUUUGA